AUGCCGCGGAAAAUAUACAGCGACAACGCCACCAACUUCGUCGGCGCCGAUUGCAAGCUUCGCGAGCUGAGGGAUGCUUUCGAGGCCCAACAACCGGAAGUACAGAAAUACGCAACGGACGAAGGAUUCACCUUCGCCUUUAUACCACCCAGGGCACCGCACUUCGGCGGGUUAUGGGAGGCGGCAGUGAAGUCCGCCAAACAAUUUCUCGUGCGCGCAAUCGGCAACGCGCUGCUCACCGCCGAAGAACUGCAGACGCUGCUCGUCGAGGUCGAGGCCGUACUCAACUCGCGACCCCUGGUACCACUGAGUACUUAA